AUGUUACUUCUCAACUAUCUUUCCUAACCAUUUCAACUUGAAAGUGAAGAGCUAGCAACUAGCAUUAUCUUGGCUCUUGUUCUACUUUUGUCUACUCUUCAAGAAAAUGUUUCAUGGUGUAAAGAUGAUAUGGAAGAUGCUUGAUGAUGAAAAUGACUAUCAAGGCCAUGACCAUCAACCCAUUUCUAAAGAUUAUGCAUGUGAUGAUGUCAUAGAUGGCGAUGAAAACUGGGGUUAUUACCAUUGUGUUGAUGCAUCCAUGGAUGGUGAUGGCGACGACGACGACGAUGAUGACGAUGAUAGUGGUAUUGCGCCUGCGGCUUGAGUCAUUCAGGAUUCUUGAAUAACCAGGUUUCUUAUUAUGAAACCCUAGUUUUUAGAUAUACUAAAGAAGACAUACAAUCACCAAUUUAUACAUAUAGAUUUAAACAGUUGUAACAUAGUUACAAGGCAGAAAAAUAUAAGGUAUUAUUCCAAUAAAGCUGCUACCAAUGGACUUUUUUGGUUAUAUAUGUUUGCUUUAAAGAAGGGCACCUGUUAUUGUAUGUUUUUGCGUUACAACUAUUGCAUGAUUUAUAAUAUCAUUCAUGGAUCUUCAUGAAGUCAUCAUAAACUAAUUUUAAUUCUAUGCAAACACUAACACACACGAUAAUAUAAUAAAAGAAAAGUAUAGUAUAUAUUGAUUCUUUCAAAGAGAUUUAAUUUGAACUCUCAUAUGGUUUAAAGUGAUCAUCCGCUUACACGGUUUUUUAUUUGCACGCAUCAAACAUGAAAAUUUAUAAAUAGCCUUCAUAGAUUUUCACAAUUGAGCAAUAAUAUCAUUCUUGUUUUGAUUAUAUAUAGUCCGCACUCCACACUAACAAACUAAAUGUUAAAAAUAAAAUUAAAUAAUUUUUUGUUAGACGGGAGAAAAAAUAACCGUGCUAGCCCAAAAAGAUGAUCCUUUUAGCAAAAGGUUUGAUCAAUCCCUUAUUGCAGUAGUAAUAUAUGAAAUGGAUAGUUAUUCAAUGAUAUAUGUCUUUCACCUGUCUCAUUUUACUGAACAGUUCUUAAUAUUGUGCCUGAUACAUAAUCUCACUUGUACGAGAAGCAACAUAUCCAGCUGCAUACACUUGAUCACUCGCUAUCACUAAGCAAAUCAAACAAUUACUGUCAGAUGCAAUCCCGAUGAAAUCUUUGGACUUUUCUAACUUCUUCUCUACGAGUCCUUCUAUAUAUCUCUAUAUACUAAUACAGAUCCAUCAUAUAUAUUUCCAAACUCCAUAUAUAUCAUCAAGAAACAUUCUGCCACCAUAAUCAAUUACCCCCCAAAAGGAAUGAAAUCAAUAAUCUUGAGUUUUCUUAUGAUAAUGGUGCAUAUUCUGAGUGUACUUUGCAGGCCCUUGCCACCAAAUGAAGCAAUCCCUCCUCACCAAGCAAAAGGUCCUCCGUUGGAUCAAUUGACCAUGGAUUAUGUGAAACAGGGUGAUGAUACGAAAAGAAUAGGGUCGAAUCCACCGAGCUGUGAGCACAAGUGUUAUGGGUGCAGUCCUUGUGAUGCGACACAGGUGCCAAGCAUUAGUGGAUAUGUGGGUGUAGCCAUACAUGAACAGGACUCGAACUAUAAGCCAGAAAGCUGGAAAUGCAAGUGUGGAAGGACUUUAUAUAGCCCAUGAUAUAUGGGUUGGUCGACUGAAUCUUGUCUUUCAGCUCUAAUUUUGUGUAAAAAUGGUACAUUUGUUUACUUAAUGUAGUAGGAGUUUUGUUUUUUCUUGGGAUGAUUUAUGGUUGUGUAGCUAGUUUGAUUAGUAAAUUGUUAAAAAAAGUUGUUGAAUGUUUUUCUCAUUUCAAAAA